AUGUAUAGCAUGAUGAUGGAAACUGACCUCCAUUCCCCCGGCCCCCAAACGAACACGACCACGGGGCAAACGGGGCCGAACAGCGGGUCCAAAGCGAAUCAGGAGCGGGUGAAGAGACCGAUGAACGCGUUCAUGGUGUGGUCCCGUGGACAGCGCAGGAAGAUGGCUCAGGAGAACCCCAAAAUGCACAACUCUGAGAUCAGCAAGCGGCUGGGCGCCGAGUGGAAGGUGAUGUCCGAGGCUGAGAAGCGCCCUUUCAUCGACGAGGCGAAACGGUUGCGCGCCAUGCACAUGAAGGAGCAUCCGGAUUACAAGUACCGGCCAAGACGGAAGACCAAGACGCUGCUGAAAAAGGACAAAUAUUCUCUUGCCGGCGGACUGCUUUCUGGGCCCAGUGGGGGCGGUGGAGUUGGUUUGGGGGUCGGAAUGAGUUCAUCCGGGGUCGGGCAGAGGUUAGAGAGCCCCGGGGGUCACGGAGGCUCCGCCAGCUCCGGCUACGCGCACAUGAACGGCUGGGCGAACGGGGCGUACUCGGGGCAGGUGGCUGCAGCCGCAGCGGCCGCAGCGAUGAUGCAGGAGGCUCAGCUUGCCUACAGCCAGCACCCGGGGAGCGGAGCGCACCACCACCACCACUCACACCACCAUCACUCACACAACCCGCAGCCAAUGCACCGCUACGACAUGACAGCCCUGCAGUACAGCCCCAUCUCAAACUCUCAGAGCUACAUGAACGCUUCUCCAUCCGGCUACGGCGGGAUCACCUACACACAGCACCAGGGCUCCGGCGUCUCCUCCUCAGCUGCCAUGGGGACGUUAGGGUCGCUGGUGAAGUCGGAGCCGAGUGUAAGCCCUCCCGUCAGCAGCACACACUCACGGGGCCCUUGCCCCGGAGACUUGAGAGAGAUGAUAAGCAUGUAUUUACCGACCGGAGAGCCGGGGGACCCGUCAAUGCAAAGUAGACUCCAUGCCUUGCCGCAGCAUUACCAGAGCGCCACGGCUGGAGUGAACGGGACGGUCCCUCUAACACACAUUUAG